ACAGUGGUACUUCAAACAAUAAUUAGUAGUUUUUGGGGAGGAUAUACUUGAAUCGAUAGAGCUUACGUUCACGAUUCAUUCACGCUAUUCUAAAAAUGGACUUGGCUUCUCUUAAUUUUUAAAUGGCACAUGUUCCAUAGUCAACUGGGAGGCUUAAUCAUCAGUUGUGGUUUUACAUGAAAAUCAAGACCUUUCCCAAAGUUUCAACCCACGUCGUUCACCGUCAAUAAAUCGCCUAUUUUAUCAGUAAUUGUGGUGUUGAGAAGUGACGAUUGCCGCUGUCACAUUCGAUGCUGUUCCUCUUCAUCAAUACGUACUAUCCAAGGUUCAAAGUUUCCAGAGCAGAAUGAACGGCCACAUGACAUCAGUUCUAUUUACGAUGUUUUUAAUGAUUGGUCUCAAUUAUCACCAAGUGACAGCUCUCUCAAGCAGAUCAGAAUCAUUCGAUCUGCACUUUCCACAACAUUUGGAUGGAUACGCUAUAGCAGAACCCAGUUCCCUUCCUGACAUGGAGUCAUUCACGGUCUGUUUUUGGAUCAAGUUAUUGCCACACCCUGGAUCGGCGGCGCCAACAACUACCUUGUUGUCUUAUUCUACUACUGAUUACGGAAAGGCUUUUCACUUGGAGACAAAAGGAACUACGAUAAAUGUUGAUAUAGAUGACCAACGUCACCUCUAUCUACGACAACCACACGGCAACCUUUACGAUAACAGUUGGCAGCACGUCUGCAUCAUUUGGCACCAAAAACUUCAUAAAAUUGGGUUCUACUUUGAAGGCACUCAUGUCGUAACAUCAAUGGUUAUCAGAUUAGAUAAAGGUCUUAAAGGAGGUGGUACAUUAGUGCUUGGUGCUCUGAGGAAGGGGUCUGGUGAGUUCGUUGAACGUUUAAACGGAAGUAUGAGUAACCUGAGGAUCUGGAGUAGGGAAUUGACAGCAGAAGAGAUAAAGAAAGUCUAUGACAGCUGCGACUUCAUCAGAGGAAAUGUAUUCAAUUGGUGUGAAAACGUGGUCGCCCCAAUGCUUAGAAAAGGCGUUAAAAUUGUGUCACCCUCUACUGCGUGCAGUUCCAGUUUAUAUCGACAAUCGAUCUUUACGAGACGAGAGAACUUCAAACUCUUGGGACAUGUCAUUACUCAGAAAUCAGUGCGGGACGAGUUUACGUGCGGGUUACACUGCUUACGAUCUUGCAGUUGUCAAUCAUUUAACUUGUUUAAACAGGGAGAGGACCACUACUUAUGUGAACUGAACAGUGCGAAAGACAAACACCACCAAGCUGAUCUUAUCUUCACACACGAUAAAGACGUUACGUAUCAUACAAUGUUGUACGACUAAGGGAGAAGCAAUUUGAAGACCUUUGCUCUUUUUCAAGUAUAGAGCAGUUUUCCUCGAGUUGUUGGAAAACAAAAGCCAUAGUAAUAAAUAAUAAUGAGAACAAAGUAAAAUGUCACUAGCAGCCCAUUGAAACUUAUAGUUAAAAAAAAGCUGCCUGGGGCGCCCGCAGGAAGGGGCAAAUGAUCAAGUCGCGACAUGUCUUAGUUUCGCAUCUGAAUGGUCGUGCUUGCGGUUAAUAUUCUGGACCAUUCAUAUAGCAGAGUACAAAAAAAAGCAAGCUUGAGUUACUUUCAACACUAAAUUGAAAAUCGCUCUAAAAACCAUGAUUUAGCGAAUCAAAGUUCUGAAAUUAGGACAAUCAAGGGCACAUACACAGAGUAAUAAGUUCAAAGUUUUGUCAAAAUUUUGUGCGUAGCUAUAUUUGGCCCCAAACAGAAUUGAAUACUUGGUAGGUUUGUAGCUUUGGUCAACAACCGAGUAAAGCCUUCUGUUUGCUGACAACAUGUGCUGAGUUACAUUUAAGUCAGCAUUAAGACCUUGGUUAACGUUACCGAUGUUUGGUGCGUCAAUUGCGGCUUAAGGAAUAAAAAGACCUAAGAAAAGUAGUAGUUUAUGCUCUGUUGGAGAUGGCUGCGUCAAGUUACAAGUUUGUAGUUUUGUUGAGAAGUAUUAACUGCUAGCCGAACACUUGUUCCGUUUAAAUAAACAUUGCGAUGUCGGAAAA